UCUAUCUUCUCAGGCAUUGGCGUCGGCUCACGACGCCGCCAUCUUAAAGUGCAGUGUCAUCAGCGUUGAUCAGCGCGCUCCGUAAAAGUGGGCGACAAUCGGGCGAUCAGUCUCGCUCGUGUCAAACAGCGAUUUUUUUUCUAUAUCGGCAGGCAUGUCGAGCGGAGCGCUUUUUGGCAACACCGCGUCGCGCGGAGCCUCGAAAAAUCUGGUGGAAUUCAAGGCCGGCAAGAUGACUAUGAAGGAUAAUAAAAUAGUUUAUCCGGAUACACGAAAGGGCCAACUGUACGUCUAUCAGUCCGACGACUCGUUGAUGCACUUCUGUUGGAAGGAUCGCACGAGCGGAGUUGUUGAAGAUGACUUGAUAAUCUUCCCCGAUGAUUGCGAAUUUAAACAUGCUGCUCAAUGUAAGACUGGCAGAGUGUAUCUUCUACGGUUCAAGUCAUCGAGUAAGAAGUUCUUCUUUUGGUUACAGGAUCACAAAACGGACAAGGAUGAGGAAUACUGUAGAAAAAUCAACGAUGUACUUAAUAAUCCACCAACUCCUGGAUCUCAGAGAAGCAGCGGCGCUAAUCCCGAGGGAGAUCUUCAGAAUUUGUUGAACAACAUGUCACAGCAGCAACUGAUACAAUUAUUUGGUGGUGUCAGCCAGAUUGGCGGUCUUGGCAGUUUGUUAGGCACAAUGAAUAGACCGCAUGGUGUUCAAAGCACAAGAGCUUCCACUACAACCUCGUCCACCCCAGCCACUACGAACACAUCUAGAGCGACUCAUUCGUUGACUCCUGGGUCUACCACUGAAUCGUCUAAAUCUACGACAGCGGCAAGAACACCAGCUCCGUCCACACCGUCCGCUCCGACAACAACGGGUCCAAGCAAUAGAAUACAGCUUAGCGACUUGCAGAAUUUUCUGUCGGAAAUUCCAACACCACCACCGGCGGAACCGACCGUGCAGAGGGGCGUAGCGACAGAGCUGACCAAUGCCAUCCCAGCGGCGAUCUCUACGACGGAGAGCCUGGAGAGUGCCAUGAACAUGCACUUGCCGCCCGGGGACAACCUGUGUACCACGCUCUCGUCCCCCCAGUUCUCCCAGGCGCUAUCAAUGUUCUGGUCUGCUUUGCAGUCGGGCCAGGCGGGCCCAGUCAUCCGUCAGUUUGGCUUGGGACCGGACGCCGUCAAUGCCGCGGCCAGUGGUAACAUCGAAGAGUUUGUCAGCGCGCUGGAGUCCGAAGCGAAGAACGGCCAAGGGCAGCAAGCGCAGCAACAGCAGGGCCAAGACGACAAGAGCAAGAAGCAGCCAUCGUCGGCCGCUAGCCCCGAUAAGAAGGACGAUGACGAUGAGGGCAUGGCUCUAGACUAAGGAUAGGAUUCGCGCGCGUGCGUGCGUUCUUCCUCCUUGCUAUCUUUCCCCCUUUUCUUUCUUUGUCUCCUUCGUAUUACUGGAAUUCUUUGCGACCCGACUGUCGGACGCCGCGUCCACGAUGACAACGUCAGAAAAAAAGAAAAACUUCCUCCCAGAGACGCGAUUCUUUUUCCCCGGUUGAAUUUUUCGCGGCGUUUCAGUAACACGCUUUCAACGGUGCGUACGCAAAAUUUUUUUUUUCUAAGUGUUCGAUAAUCCUGUAUUUAUACACGCGAGUGAACGAUCAAGCGUAAUCUCCCCCAUCAAUAAAAUAGAUGAAUAGGUGGAGAAAAAUUGAAAGAAUUCAUUAUGUCAUUUAUUGAAGUUACACAUAUGUACGGAAAAUGAUACUGUUAAAUCGGUUUUGUAUGCAGCACACAACACACACACACACACACAUAACACACACACACGUCUACUGGAUCUAUCGAAUUGUGAAUACUUAAAUAUAACAAAUUUUAACAAAA